CUCUCUCUCUCUCUCUCUGUCGCCCUCCCUCGCCCUCUCUCCCCCCCACAGUGCUCUGUCUCACGCUUGCUUUCCCCUCCUCGUUCCCUUCCUUUCUCUCUGUCACGCUCUCUUUCUUUCUUUCCCUGGGCCCUCCGGUCGUCCCGCUCCAGGCUAAGAUCGCAGGCUGCUGGUGCACCUGGGAGGUGCCGUCGCCGUUCUCGCGCCCGAACGCGCGUGCAUGCCCCCGGUCCCCUUCCCUCCCCCUUCCUGAAAACCCGCCGACCGGUUUGGCGCAUCAUGCACGGCAUGUCCCUGCCAUCGGUGAUGCGCUCGCUGCUGCUGCUGUCGCUGCUGCUUGCCUGCGGCGGUUCAGCCUCCCGAGCCGGGGCCUUUAAUGUCCCAGACUCGGCCGAUGGCCCAUACAUGGCUGCCCUGCGCGCGGCUCUGCCGGCUCAUCUCAGCCACCACCUGGGCCCCGUGGCCGAUGUGCCCGAGCGUGAGCCCACCUCCCCGGACCGAUCGGUCGUCCACACGCCUGGGCACUCGCACUACUGCACGGCCGUCCCCCAGUCGGUGGUCGUGCCGGAUCGGUCCAUCGGCUUCCUGUGCGAUGGUUCCUCCACUUACGGCAACAAUGCCCGGUGUGACUGGGCCAUUUCGGCCGAGCAGCAGGCCCCCCCCACGCAGCCUCCCCAUGUUGUGUUCUUCUGGAUCGAGUCCUUCGAGACCGAGUGUCUGUGGGAUAAGCUCACCAUCUUUGACGGGGCCACCGUCACCUCGCGCAAGAUCGCCUCCCUCUCGGGCUCCAUGAAGCAUUUCUACUCGGACUUCCCGCCGUCCGAAUCACUGGGCUCCGAUCCCCAGCCCCCCCCUCCGGCCCGAGAAGCGACCACGCACCGAGCCAUCAUGUCUUCGGGGGCCAACGCCCGUGUCCUCUUCAAAUCCGACUCGGCCGUCGCUCUGGAGGGCUUCCGCUUGGGCUUUUCCGUCGCCACCUGUCCUGCCGAGUGCAUGAUCGACAACCGCUGUGUCCCGGACUCCUGCCAGUGCUCGAUCGCCUACAAGCCUGACCAACUGGACAUGGUGUCCGACAUCCUGUGCACGCGGGCCCCGGAGCAUUCCUUCAGCCCGGAUGUGGCCCUCCGCCGCGCCGGACAUGUCUCCGCGCUGUUGAACCUCCCCUCGCUCCCCGGCGCCCCAGCCGAGCAGGCUCUCCUGGUCCAUGGGGGGACCUCCUUCGACUCGCCCUUCCUUUCGGACACGGUGAUCUAUUCUUUCAGCAGCGAGCGCUGGACACCGGUCCUUUCGCCCUCACAUGGCCAUCCGGUCCUGUCGCCCUCGGGCCGGCACAGCCAUGCGCUGGCCGUGGCCGACCCCAGCCAGGGGGUGCUCUUUGUCUUUGGCGGGUAUACAUCCAACGGCGAGAGCGACGAGCUGUGGAUCUUCAAUUUCGGCACUCUCACCUGGCGGCAAGUGCAACGCGGGCCCCAUACAUCCGACUGGCCGCCUCCCCUGUUUGGCCAUUCGCUGUCCUUCGUGCCUGCGUCCUCGGGCGACGGCCCCGGCCACCUGUACCUGAUUGGCGGGUUUGAUGGGCGCGCCAAGCGCAUCAACUCGGUUGUUUGGCGCUUCAGCCUGGACACUCGAACGUGGGAGCGCGUUGGUCUGGCGGCCCCGGAAAGCCUGACGGCCGGGGUGUUUGGCCAUGCGGCGGCCUUUGUCCCAGCCCAUGGGUCGAUCGUCGUGCAUGGCGGCAUUCGUCUGGCUCGCGGGGCCGGGGGCGGGACCAUCCACACGAGCACCAUUUCCCGGGACACCUAUGUCUUCUCGCCGGUGACCCACCAGUGGACGCGCAUGAUAACCCGGGACUCGGCCUACCGGUUCAUGCACCGGAUGGCUUUGGUGCCGGAUUUGUCGCUGCCCAUCCCGAUUGCCCCUCCGUCGCCGCUGGAUGGUGGGACCUCUUCCGGCGGGGCUGCCUCGGCGAUGGAGGCGGCCGUGGCACCACUGCCACUGCCCAUCGCCGGCAAUGUCUGGGGCCUGGUUCUGAUUCAUGGGGGCUUUGCACCCUACACGCAUUCCAUCCCGUCGGUGGCCAACCGUUGUGUCUUCUCCGACACCUUUGUCCUGGACACAAUCUGCUCGGAAUGGACGGCCCUGGCUCUGCCUGGAAACUCGGCCCUGCUGGCCCGCAGCGGCCAUACUCUGGAGGUGUUCCCCGCCCGGCUCGGCCGGUUCCCAGCGAUGUUGCUCUUUGGCGGCUUCAACGGCCAAAUGAUGGCCGACAUGGUAACCUAUGACCUUGGAGACCGGCGGAGUGCCAAUACCCAGUGCCAUGCUCUCUUUUGCCACCAGCAAACAGGCAACCUAUCCAAAUUCCCGAAUCUCAGCCCCUGCCAGACCUGCCAGCAAUCGCCCCUCUGCUCUUGGAGGGUUCUCGACCUUCCGGGCUUGAAGGGUGCCUGUCUGCCGCUGGCCGAUGCCCCCCCGCACAACUGCGCGACCCUGGAGGCGUCGGCCACUCCCAAGGCCACUGUCAUCCAUGGCAGUGGUGGCGAAGAUCACUGCCAAAGCCUGGCCAGCUGCGGUGCAUGCGCCAAGGCGCCGGGAUGCGCCUGGUGCCCGGGGCUCCGGCAAUGCCAGGCCGUGGCUUUGGAUGCCGCGGCGGCGGUGGCAAGCCCGGCAACGACCUCAUCCUGCCCCGAUGGUCUUGAUGUGUCAGGCCGCUGCCCGGCCGAGACAUGCCCCCGGCGGGGCUCCUGCUUCGAGUGUCUGCAGCCUCUUGCCCCGGGGCCCGGACUGGCGGCCCUCCCGCCCGGCACAUCUGCAUCCGUGGUCGACCGGUGCCAGUGGUGCUCGGAGAGCCGCACAUGCGUGGCCCUGGGCCGGUGCGCCACAGGCGCGGACCCCAUCGCGGCGCCGGAUGUGGAGCUCUUCGGCUGGGGCGCAGCCCUCUGCCCGGCGCAGUGUGACUCCUUUGCUGAUGAGUUUUCCUGCUAUUCCGGCUCCCGGCCGCCUCAGACGUCCUGCUUCUGGUGCUCGACCAUUGGCCGGUGUGUGGAUGCAUCGGGCCGGGCCGGGGCGUCAUUGAUGCUGGCCGGGCCGGAUGCCCCCUUUGGGGCGGCCUGCCCGGCGUGGACAAGCCGGCCGGAGCUGCCGCUCGGCAUGCCGAGCACCCACGGACCGGAUGCCCUUAACCAGCCGGCCCUGCCGCCGGAGCUGCCGACCGCCGGCCGGGGGGCCUUCUCCGGGUCCCUCCUGUCGGGGAAUGUCGGCCACUUGGCUCCCUUGCAGUAUCUGGAUCUGGAGGUGGAAGUGCCGGCCGUGGCCGCGGACUUGGUCUUGCAGACGCUCUUCUGGAUUGACCCCCUGCCACGGGGGGUGCCGGACCGUGGCGAGACGCCUGGCCCGCCGGCGGCCGACGGCCGCGGCCCGGAGCCGACGUUGCUUCUGCACCUGAACGGCCCGUCCGGGGUCUGGUCCACCACCAACCGGCUGCUGGUGGUGGGCGCCCCGCGCGCGGUAUCUUCCCUGGGCUGGCCUUCGGGCGCGGGGCGCUUCGCACAGGCGUCCCUGGAUCUGGCCCUGGGCCUGGCCCUGCCGGGCCCGUUGCGGGGCCUCCUCCCGGAUGCCGCACUGGCGGCCGUGCGUCGGGUGACCGCCGCGGCGAGGGCGGCCACCGGCGCCGGCGGCCCAUGGCAGCAGGGCCACCACUCGGCGCCAGGCGGGCCGGGGCUGCUGGCCGGUCGAUACACCAUCCGCCUGCAAAACCAGGGGGCAUACUACAUCCCGGAGACCGGGCCCGGCUCCGACCGGGGCAUUCGCUUCUCGAUCACCGCCUCGUUGGCAGCCCCGGGGACCGGGCACCAUGCGCUCUUCCCGCCGAUGUCGGGCGAUGAAAUCCUCCACCGGGAGGGGAUGAUCGACCUGCUCUUUGGGGCCACCUCCGGCGCGUGGGUCAUCAUCUGCAUGCUGGUGGCCUCGGUCAUCGGGAUCUACCUGCUGAACCUCUUUGUCAUUCGCCGGCGCCGGUACUACGAGUGGCGUCCGCCGGCCGUGCCGGUGGCCUUCUGGCUGGUGGUCACGCCGGGCAGUCGGUCGCCCGGGGUCUGGCGCGCGCCGGCCCCGCCGCCGAAAAAUUGGCUGCCCCCCGACGAGUCUCCCGGCGGGGAGGCCGAUCCGGCCGAGGCGGCGCCCCUGGCCACUGCCACGCCCGAGCCCCUCCCCGAGGCGGGCUCCACCAUGGACGACAUGCGGCUCUUGAUGCCAGGGGUGCCGGGGGCCGAGGCGGCCGCUGCCAAUGCCAGCCUGUCCUCCAUGCAGGUGGUGGCUCUGCAGGAGUGCCCCAUCGGCGGGCAUGGCCAACUCGCGGCCACCAUCCUCGUGGCCCUGCCCACCCCGCCGGAAGAGCUCCAGCCCGGCGAUACGACCGCGGUUCUGUCGAGCCUCGGCCUGGCGACCGUUCAUCAGGUCCCGGUGUCCGGGGCCUACCGGGCAGCCGGGCGCCAUCUUCGCCGGCUCCGGGCCAAGCGCAUGGCGGCGGAGCUGGCGGCCGCGGCCGAGGCCGAAGCGGUGGCCGCCGCCGCCGCCGCCGCCGAGACCGAUGCUGCGGAGGCCGUCGACAUGGACGCCGAGAUGGCCAGUCACCAUGCCAGCGACUCGGACUCCGGCCGGUCGGACGACGAGCUGGAGUCCGAGCGCGCGGGGAUCGGCCCUCCCUUGUCAGCUGGACCGGGAGCCCUGCCGGUCGGGGCCACCCUCCGGCGAUCCUCCUCAGUGGGCAGCGCGCACUCCAGCCGGCAUCUCCUGGCGGAGGGCGGCCACUCGGCCUCCGGGCACAUGGCCGGUGGCCGGGCUGGCGGGCUGCUGCGAGACCUGCACGUGCUGACAGCCCGGUCGCUGGAGCGCCUGCGCACGAGACUGGCCGUGUCGACCCCGCAUGCGGGUCUAUCCGGGCCCAGUGGCGCCGGGUACUAUAUCGAGCUUGGGGCCAUGUCCCCGACCGGUCAGCUGCCAGGGGGGGCCCGGUCUCCUGCCGAAGAAGACCCGGAGGCCUUGCCCUCUCCCGGGAAUGCGGCGGCUCCGUCCCGAAGCGGCGGCCACCCGGAGGCCCAGUCACCCGGCAACUCGGACGCGGGCACUGUCCCGCUGCUGUCGGUGGCCCCGAUCCCGGAGUAGUACACCCGCCGAGGCAUGUGUCCCCUCCCCUCCCCCCCCCCC